AGAGGGGUGAGAGGUGGAGAGGGGAGGGAAGGAGGAGCGAGCAGUGAGAUCCCACGGGAGGUGAGCGGAGAGGAAGCGAACGGCAUCCGUGGAAGUUUGGCAUCCUCCUCUUUCACUCUUCCCGAACUCUCCGCACGCUCUCUCCCUGACCCCACCUCUCUCUCUCUCUCCUCUCGCCAUCCACUUAUUAUCUUCUGCACGAUUUCCAGGACUCCCCUUCUCGACACGAUUUAUCUUAUCUCUCUCUAUUUCUCUCUAUCUGUCACGACGGUGCCUCCUACUCUUCAUCCCUCAACGCUCUCCAAACCCCUCUCCCUAAAUCCUCUCUCUAGCUCUGUGUCUCUUAAUCAGCAUCCUCCCACGCGCUCCCCGACUCCCUCUCGUCUCCAUCCUCCGCAGCAUCUUCUCUGACACCCUCUCAAUAGCCACUCCACUCCACGACUCAAUCUUCUCCACCACUCUCCACUUCGUGUCUCCCUGCAUCUCAUUGAAGUCAUUCUUUGAUUAGCCUCUCUCUGAUCUCAACCUCUCUCCACCUUCAUCCCCCCCACCUUCCCAUCUCUCCGCAUCUCCCACCUCUCGCCUCCACCUCUCAUGGAUCCAUCAUCCUUGGAGUCGGAUUAUGGGGGUGCCGUCACCCCCACCGACUUCACAAAUCUCAACGACACCGCCACCACGACCACCGCCGCCGCGGAGUGCGACUACAGCGAGUGGAACGUCACGCCGACGCUCAUCCCCAUCGUCUACUCGCUGGUGUUCGUGUGCGGCCUCGUGGGCAACGGCCUCGUGGUGUGGACCAUCGCGCGCCUCAAGACGCGCAAGCGCAACACGGAUCUCUACAUCGCCAGCCUCGCCUCCGCCGACCUCGUGUUCGUGCUCACGCUGCCCCUCUGGGCCGCCUACACGGCCCUGGGCUACCACUGGCCCUUCGGGGGCUUCCUCUGCACCCUCAGCAGCUGCGUGGUCAUGCUCAAUAUGUACGCGAGCAUCUUCUGCCUCACCUGCCUCAGCCUCGACCGCUACGAGGCCGUCGUCUGCUCGCGGCCCGCCGGGAGCCCGCGCGGCAGGAGGACCGCGCUGCGACGCUGCGCGGUCAUCUGGCUGAGCGCCCUCGUCGCUUCGCUGCCCUCGAUUAUCUUCAGCGGCGUGUCCGCCGUGGAACACCCCAACGGCGGCGGCGGCGGCGAUGUCAGUCGCAACGAAACGGACUACAGCUACAACAGCGACGGCGACGGACAGGAGAUGGACGAUUCCUACAGGACGAUGUCCGACGCCGCGAUGAUGACGAUGGCGAUGACGACGACGACGACGAUCCAGUGCAGCGCAAGCUUCGCGUCCGUGGCGUCGCCGGACACCGAGCACCUGUGGGCGGCGGGGCUCAGCCUCACCUCCACGGGCCUGGGCUUCGUGCUGCCCGGCUGCGCGCUGCUCUUCUUCUACGCGCGCAUCAUGGCCAAGAUCCAGAGCCACUUCACGCACGUGCGCAGGGAGAGCCGGAAGCGCCGCCGUCUGCUGCGAGUCAUCGCCACGCUGGUGGUCACCUUCCUCGCCUGCUGGCUGCCCUACCACCUCCUCAAGACGCUGGACGCACUCGUGUGGCUCGACUUGCUGCCCAUGAGAUGCGGCCUCGAGCGCGCCAUCUUCGUGGGGCUGCCCUUCGCGCUCUGCUGGGGCUUCGUCAACAGCUGCCUCAACCCCGUCCUCUACGCCUACUUCGACGUCGACUUCAGGGCGCGCUGCGCCAGCGCCCUGGGAUUCGCGUGCCCCCCGCGGACGGGGGCAGAGCCCCCCACGACUGGGCGCUCGGGGUGCCGAGGACACGAGGAGCCGCCGUCGGGAUCGUCCGGGGAGCGCAGCCGCUCGGGGACCGGCUCCGUCUCCACGAGCAUCUAGGAACGCGUGGCGGAGGUGUCCACCGUCGCCGCCGUCGCCACCGUCGUCGUGACGCGCGAGGCGCGCGUCCGUCAAGUCGUCGAUGGAGAGACGCGGGGGCGGUAGCGCGGAGCGGCUCUGGAGCGAGGAGACUCGAGGGUUCUUCACGGGCAGCCUGGAGACGAUCGGCUCCAGGGGCGGGGCCAGGCCAGCGCCGGCGUGCGACGUGGGCCAGGGCGCCCUCGUGUAAGAAUUUCCCGCUCGCGCAUCCGAGCCGAGCCAGCACGGGUGGUUUUCCACUGGCGAUUUGUCGAGCCGAACCAGAGGCAAACCGUGAAACGUUGGCAUCACGGAGGGAGGGGGGAAACUUGAAUUCGGCUCGUGGCCAAACAAGGGGCUAAUCGUUGCAAUUGGCGUCAAUCAGUAGAACGCGACGACGUCAGCGGCACGGCUCGACGACUUCUGCAGUGGUGGAAACAAAGCAAAAAACCAACCCGUGCCGGGCUGUCUCGGCACGGCCCCGGCGCGGCUCGGCACGGUUUGUAGGGUGGUCAGCCCACGCAAUCUCGACCAAGCUGCCAGCGGUGGCCAAUCGUUCCGCUGUGGCAGGGCCCUCCUGAAGCUGGGAUCUUGAGAUUCUGUGACGAUUAUUUUCCGUGUGAAUGGGCUGAUAAUGUAAUCACGUGUUGGUGAGGUGUGUUUCGUUUUGUUUAUUGAUGAUGGGGGUAUUGAUCAACUCCCGGUCAUUCGAUUUAAGAAUCGAUUCUGUGAGGUUUUCUAUGAACGUUGCGGUGAAUGUAGCGGCCACUCGUGGCUGCAGGGACGAGGCUUAGGUUUGUCCAUUGUAUGCAAUAUGUACGAAUCCAAUAACGUCGAUUGGAUGCAUGUAUCGUGAGCUCAGCUAUAUCAAUCGAUCAAUCGUGUCGUUUUCGUAUCGUCAUUGUGCAUGGGAUACAGUGGAAUUGUUUUCAGAGUUGAGACCAGUUUUGCUCCAGUCCACACCAACAAAGACAAAGAUCCCCCGUGUAGCCUUAACCGACUGUAGGGGCAAGUUCUCUGAGCGCGCACAUACGAAGGCCGGCACGGCACACAAGGGGGUGGGUGGCCAGCACCACGUCCGGCCGCCUUUGUCUCCCGAGUGGCGAUGUUUACACAUUGGCACCAGGUACUCGUCGACCCAAGACCGGUUCAAAUAAAUCGCCACUGGCGUUGACCAUGAGCGGGAAUCGAACCUCGGAUUCGCAGCGGCGGCAGCAGCGCUAACCGCUACGCCACCGCUCCCCCCCACACUCUUGCCACGCUCGCACCUGGCACGUGCCCUCUUUGCCACACCGCCACGCCCUGUCUAUUUAUUGCCCGGGGGGGGAGGAGGAGGGGGGACGUUAGUGACCAUUGAGGAAUCUCGCGAAUCGGGGAAGUGGAGCCGUUGUGGA